AUGUUUUAUGUGAAUGUCCAUUUAGUGUGUGAUGUGUCUGCAUCCGAGUUCCGAUUUGUUGGAUCGUUGAACCACUCCGCAAUCCCCACUCAUUCAUAUUCCAGAAUUCUCAUUGUUUCCGUGGAAGAACAACAUCAAAUGGCCCGAGUUCCGACUAUGCAUAUGUGGGUUAUUUGUUCCAGGAAUGGUUCGUCGGCGCGGCCGGCGGUGGAGCCGAUAUCAAAAGAUUAUGAGAAUUUUAAGAAGACAGUUUCUGCAACUCGUAGGACAAAGAACUAUGUCUCUACGCGGCUUGAAACGCUUGGUAACAAUUGGCAAACCAUUGUUCAACAGCACCAAAUCGCGGUUUGCAGCGAUGAAAACAUAGCACCAAUCGAAGAGCUUUUUAAUGAAGCUGGUGAGAUUUAUACAAUUUAUAAAUCUGUGUUGCUAGAUGAGCUAGACAAAUUUGCAGCAGCAGAAGCAGCAGCUAAAGCAAAAGAUUCACCUGCUCCUACUUUGGUUCAAAAGUCGACCAAUGACAAGCCGCACGAUGUACGUUUGCCAAAAAUUCACCCACCGACAUUCACGGGAGAAUAUCAAAAUUGGCGUUCUUUCCAUGACCAGUUUGUUUCACUGGUACAUAACAACACUUCACUUACAAAAAUCGAAAAAUUACAUUAUUUGAAGUCAAGUUGUAAAGAAGGUGCUGGUAUUUUACUAGAACACAUAAGUGUAGAUGAUGCAAGCUAUGAUAAGGCUUGGGAACUCUUGACAUCGAGAUACGAUUUCAAAAGAAUUCUCGUUAACAACGAACUUAAGUUGUUUUAUGAAUUAAGUGUUGUUAAAGAAGAAAAUGCUAAGGGCAUAAGAGAAUUAUUAGAUAAUUCAACAAAAAUUUUACACGCUUUAAAGAACCUGCCUGUCCAUCACUGGGAUGCAAUAAUAAUAUUUUUGCUUUUGAAAAAGCUACCGGCUACAGUGCAAUCAAAAUGGGAAACAACUCUCGGAACUAAAAAAGAGAUCCCUACAUUUAAAGAGUUCUCUGACUUUUUGGAAACGAGCAACAAUUUUAACAACACAAAUCAGCAACCAUACUCGCAGUCAAACAAUUUUCCAAAUGCAUUCAAUCAACAAUCAAGCUCUCAAGGUAAUCAUAACCAAUUCCAACACAACACAAAUAAUAAUAACACAUUUUCAAAUAAUCCUCGCGCUCAAUUACAAACAAACACAUAUACACCCACUCAACAGAAUAAUAAUAGAAACACAUUCGCUCACACAAAUAUAAACACCCAGAAUCCAAAUAGCUCGCAAACACAUCAUGUAACAACAGAAUUUAAUCCAAAUGUACAAAAUGUACACCCCUACGAUAUACUGCCUUCAACAUCUUCAAACUGUUUUCAUCUAAACGAAUGUAAAAGAACCCAAAUUUUGUUAGCAACAGCGAUUAUAAAAGUCAAAUCAGCCCAAGGAGACUUUGUUCAAUUAAGAGCCUUGAUCGAUCCUGGAUCUCAAGCUACUUUUAUAACCGAAUCGGCAGUUCAAUUAUUGGGUCUUAAAAAGAUUCCAACUUCCUUUGACGUUUCUGUUUUAGGACAAAACAAAGCUAACUCUUGUAAACAUUUUGUAAAUUUGAAUCUGAGUUCUAAUUAUUCAGAUUUUAUUACGUCGACCAGAGGUUAUAUAUACAAGACCCUUACAGGACUUUUACCGAAUGAAGAAGUCUUCGCUAACAGAUGGAAACAUUUACAAGGACUGAAAUUAGCAGAUCCUUCAUUUAAUCGUCCUGGUAACAUUGACAUUUUAUUAGGGAAUGACAUAUAUUGCGAAAUUUUAUUAGACGAAGUCAUACGCAAUGAGGAACAAGUAGCUCCAAUAGCCCAAAAAACCAGGUUUGGUUGGAUUGUUUUGGGGAAAGUUCCUUUGGAAAAGCCAUUUUCUCUUCAAGUCUACACACAGUUGGUAGAUAUCGACACACAAAUGCGUGCAUUUUGGGAAAUGGAAGAAACUCCCUAUGAAAAAGCCGUAGAUGAAGAAGAUGUCGAGUGCGAGAAGCACUUUCUACAAAACACCAAGCGGGUGCCGGGAGGGCGCUUUGAAGUUUCACUACCCUUCAAAGAACUUCAUCGACCAAGACUUAUGUCAACAAAACAAAAGGCCUUAAUGAUGUUUUAUAAACAAGAAAAAAAAUUAUUAAACAACCCAACACUACACAAAGAAUAUAACGAUUGCUUAAAAGAAUACCUCACACUCAAUCAAAUGGAAGAAGUAGAUAUUAACAUAGAUAACAAACUUAACUCUCCAUUUCACUAUGUGGUUCCUCAUCAUGCCGUGAUGAAAGAAACUAGUACAACGACGAAGUUACGUGUUGUUUUUAAUGCUGCAUAUCAAACGGCAGAUGGUAGUUCUUUGAACGACCAUUUGAUGACAGGACCUAAAACUCAAACAGAUAUUUUAGCCAUUGUUUUAAGGUGGAGAACGCACAAAAUUACUUUCGUCUCAGACAUAGAGAAGAUGUACCGACAGAUAUUAGUUCAUCCAGAGGACGCUUAUUACCAGUUACUUUUUUGGCGUGAAAAUCCAUCAAUGCCAAUAAAGCUUUACAAAGUGAAAGUUUUAAUGUUCGGUACUGCCCCAGCCCCAUAUUUGGCAAAUCGAACGCUAAAGAAACUUGCUUCAGAUGAAGAAGUAACAUAUCCAUUAGCCGCUCAAAUGAUUCGGGAAGAUAUGUACAUCGAUGAUUUGGUAUCGGGUGCAGAUUCAGUAGAAGUUGCGAAAGAAAAGUAUCACCAAAUCUCGAAGCUUUUAUCAUCUGCUGGAUUUCAUCUUCGCAAAUGGAUGAGUAAUAACGAAGAGUUUCUUGCUUCAAUACCAAAGGCAGAUCAGGAAACAAAUGUGUCAUUGACAUUCGGAGCUUUGGACCAUACCAAAACCCUUGGAAUCAGUUGGUUCCCAUCUACCGAUUCAUUUUCAUUUAAAAAAAUCUCUAUAGAUAAAGUCGUUUCAAAAAGAACGAUACUUUCAACAAUUGCUCGUCUUUUUGAUCCACUUGGAUGGAUAGCACCCUGUAUCGUUAAAGCGAAAAUCAUUAUGCAGCAAUUGUGGUUGAAAGGCCUUUCGUGGGACGAAAACAUUCCUGUGGAACUACUUCAAGAAUGGCUCUCCUUUCAAGAAGAGUUGGAUAUCUUAGAAGAUAUCCGUAUUCCGAGAUGGGUAAAUAUAGAGAAUGGCACCCAACAGGUCGAACUCCAUGGAUUCUGUGACGCAUCUACCAAGGCAUAUGGAGCCGUGGUAUAUCUUCGAGUUUUAGAUAACCAGAAUUGCAUUCACACCCAUUUACUCAUAGCCAAAACUAAAGUCGCUCCAGUCAGUACAGUCUCUUUGCCAAGAUUGGAACUUUGCGGAGCAGUGAUGUUGGCAAAAUUACUCAACUAUACUAAAUCAGUCCUUCCAUUCAAGAAUAUAUCAGUCUUUGCUUGGACUGAUUCCACAAUCACCCUUUGUUGGAUCUCUGGGUUGCCUUCAAAAUGGAGAACGUUUAUUGCCAAUCGGGUUACCGAAAUUCAAAGGCUGACAAAUGUUAGCAUGUGGAAACACAUUCCAACUAAGUUAAACCCAGCGGAUCUUGCAUCCCGUGGUGUUCUUCCAUCCAAGCUAAGAAAUAAUAAUCUUUGGUGGAAAGGACCACUCUUUCUUCAGGAGAUGUGGAGAUUCUCCAUACCAGAACAACCCACCCAAUGUGAAAUAAAUGAAGAAAAACGAGAAAUAAAAACUCAUUUAGCAAUACAAAAUACCGAUGGAAUUUUAGAUGUGCUUUGUAAACAAUCCAAACUAACAAAAGCCUUAAGAAUUAUAGCCAAUGUUCAUCGAUUUAUCUAUAAUAGUAGAAAAAGGGAAACAUAUCGAAGAAAAUCGGUUCUGACACCCUUAGAACUCGAUAUUUCCAUGCGAACAGCUAUCAGAAGUGUUCAAAAACUUAUGUUUCAUGAUGUCAUAAAUGAACUACAGAAAACCAAAAGAACCAAACUUAACAAAUCUCUGAAUCUUUUUAUUGAUGGAUGUGGAAUAUUAAGAAUCGGAGGUAGACUUCAAAAUGCCACCCUAACAUAUGAUCAAAAGCAUCCAAUUGUGUUGAAGCCAGAUCAUAAUUUCUCCAGAUUAAUAAUUGAAGAUGCCCAUGAGAAAACUCUACAUGGUGGUAUUCACCAAGUGAUUGCACACAUUCGAAAUCGUUUUUGGAUCUUCAACAUGAAGAGAACGGUCAAAAAGUACAUUAAUAAAUGUUUCACCUGUUUUAAGAAUGCACCUAAGCCAUUGCAACAACUGAUGGGAAGCCUUCCAGCACCAAGAGUAAAUGUUUCAAGACCAUUUACACACACUGGUGUCGACUACGCCGGACCUAUAGAAGUAAAGGCCUGGAAAGGACGAGGUGCUAAAAAAUUCAAAGGCUAUUUCGCCAUUUUUAUUUGUCUUUCAACAAAGGCAAUUCAUCUUGAAGCUGUCACAGAUCUAACGACACAAGCCUUUAUUGCCGCGUUCCGAAGAUUUACAUCUCGCAGAGGCAUAUGUGCAAACAUAUAUAGUGACUGUGGGACCAACUUUAAAGGUGCUAAUGUGGAACUCCAAAAAAUGCUAAAUGCUGCUAAACUUAACUAUACUGAUAUUGCUAACUCAUUGAGUGCAUUGGGUACCAAUUGGAAUUUCAUUCCUCCCGCUUCUCCUCACUUUGGAGGCUUAUGGGAAGCAGGAGUGAAAUCUGUUAAAUACCAUUUGCGUCGCGUUGCCCGAAACCAAGCUCUGACGUUCGAGGAGCUCAGUACGCUUCUAGCGCAAAUAGAAGCUUGCCUUAACUCGAGACCUCUAUGUCCGGUUACAGACAGCUUGGAAGAUUUCAAUGCUUUAACACCAGCUCAUUUUUUAAUUGGCACGUCAGCUCAUAUAGUUCCCGAAGCAGACCUAGCAGUAGAAAGGAUUGGAUACCUGGAUAGAUGGAAACGUCUACAAGCCUCACUACAGACCUUCUGGAAGGAAUGGAGCGGAGAAUACCUCACAAGGCUUCAAAAUAGACCUAAGUGGCUAAAAAUCAAGGACCAACCCAAAAUUGGAGAUUUAGUUUUGGUACGAGAUGAAAGAUUUCCACCUUCGAAAUGGCCCAUGGCGAGAAUAGUGGAAACCUACCCAGGACAAGAUGAUCUUAUCCGUGUAGUCAAAACUGAUGACAUUUAUGAGAACGUUAGAACUGAUGAAAUUGAUGAGGCUUAUGAGACAGAUUGGACUGAUGGGAUUUAUGAGAACGUUGACACUGAUGAGAUUGAGGAAAAUGAUGAAAACGUUGAAACUGAUGAGAUUGAUAAGAAUUUUGAGACUGGUGAGAUUGAUGAGACUGAUGAGACUGAUGAGAGUGAUGAGAAUGUUCAGACUGAUGAGAAUGUUGAGACUGAUGAGAUUGAUGAGACUUAUGAGACAGAUUUGACCGAUAAGACUACUGAUAAGAUUUAUGAGGACGUUGAGACUGAUGAAAUUGAUAAGACUUAUGAGACCGAUGGGAUUGAUGAGACUGUUGAGACUGAUGAGAUUGAGGAAAAUGAUGAAAACGUUGAAACUGAUGAGAUUGAUAAGAAUUUUGAGACUGGUGAGAUUGAUGAGACUGAUGAGACUGAUGAGAUUGAGGAAAAUGAUGAAAACGUUGAAACUGAUGACACUGAUGAGAUUGAUAAGAAUUUUGAGACUGGUGAGAUUGAUGAGACUGAUGAGAGUGAUGAGAAUACUGAUAAGAUUUAUGAGGACGUUGAGACUGAUGAAAUUGAUAAGACUUAUGAGACAGAUGGGAUUGAUGAGACUGCUGAGACUGAUGAGAUUGAGGAAAAUGAUGAAACGGAUGAGAUUGAUAAGAAUGUUGAGACUGAUGAGACUGAUAAGACUGAUGAGAUUGAUGAGCCUGAUGAGACUGAUGAGAGUUAUGAGACUGAUGCGAUUGAUGAGAAUUAUACAACUGAUACGACUGCUGAUGAAACUGAUAACAUAUUUGUUGCAAGUGACGAGACUGAGAUAUAUUGGCUUAAAUACGGAGCAUGA